CGAUUAUUGAAGUUUCCCCUCUCAUGGCCCCUCAGCUUUGGCUCGUCACAGGAGCGUCCUCGGGGAUUGGAGCGUUGUUGGCAGAGCACGCCCUCAGGGCCGGCCAUCGCGUCCUCGCAACGGCUCGCAAUCCCAGCAAGGCGGCGGAAGAUCACCCGCAGAUUGCAUCGCUGGGCGGGAAAUGGCUCCAGCUCGAUGUGACGAGCAAGGAGACGAAAUCGCUCGUCGAGCAGGCGAUCACAGACAACGGCGGCGAGAUCGAUGUGGUCAUCAACAACGCGGGGUACAGCCUCUUCGGAAGCAUCGAGGAUAUCAGUGAGGACGAACUCGAUGACCAAAUCCAGACCAACGUCUACGGCGUGGUGAGGGUCACCAAGGCGGCCCUGCCCUUCAUGAGGGCCCAACGCAGCGGUACUAUCGUCAACAUCGGCAGCAUGGGUGGCUUCAUCGCCGGACCAGGAGCUGCUCCUUAUUCCAUGUCCAAGUUUGCACUGGAAGCGCUGUCGGAGUCUCUAUCCCUCGAGCUCAACCCGUUCAAUAUCCGUGUUUUGUUGGUCGAGCUGGGUUCCUUCCGCACCAAGAUUCUCGGGUCUCGCAAACUCCCAGCCGCUGGACUGACCAAGGAUUACGAGGGGACGCCCAUCUCAAUGGCCAUGGGGUUUUGGGAGAAAUUGGCUGGGAACCAGCCGGGGGAUCCUGUCAAGGCGGCUCAGCGGAUUCUGGAGGUCAUCCAGCAGACUGGAAUGGGGGAGGGGAAGGGGCAUCUUUUGCGCUUGCCGCUGGGGGCGGAUUGUCACCACCGCAUGCGGGCCAAGUUGGAUGCAGUGAUGCAGAAUUUGGAGGAGACGGAGGAAAUCGCCUUCAGCACGGCUAUUGAUUCUGCACCUGGCACUCAACUGCUGGCCCGGUUCUUUCCUCAGCCACCGACUGGUGAAACAAGACUGUGAAAUGGUUUACAAUUAUACCGGUUGUUUGUCCCCGUGGAACCCAAAAUCGAGAACUAACCUUAUUCACAUAUAUCAUGAUAUACUGCGUACUAUAUUUUGGGAGUCAGGGCUUAUUAUGAUGAUCUGAUUAGCUGGCCUUUAUUAUCUUGAUUGUGCUCCCCACCCACAAAACAGACUUUUACUAAGACUAGGGGCAGUAACUACUACUAGUAGCUAGUUAACUAGUUAACUAGAGAUUAUUAUUAAUAUUAUACCGG